AUGGGUAGUUUGAGUGGGAUGGCGCAUGCUGGUAGUCCAUUGAGUACUUCUUCGGGGGAAUGGGUGGUAUUCGGCUGGGCAGAGUCAGAGCUCUGCCUCGGAAUAUUCACUCCUCACACCCAACGACCAUCAUCAACAAUACACCCCUUUCGUGCUUUCCUCAUCUCCAGACAUGCAUCACCAUCUCCCGCCUUUGCACCACCAUUCCCACCAGCACGCGCAUUCGCAUUCGCACUUGCUGCCGAAGGGCUCCCACCGCCUUCCCCUGGGGUCGCACACAGCAAUAGGGACAACAACAGCAGCAGGGAGGACAACAGCCAGCAGGUGACAAACAAGCCUUACUGGCUAACAAGAAACGAAGGAGGCGGGAGAGCCAUAAUGCUGUUGAGCGAUGACAGAGGGAUAAUAUUAAUGAGAAGAUUAUCUAUGUUGGAUGUUGGCGGUCCAAAUGGAACCGGAAACGGAAACGGCAACGCCUCUUCCCCAUCCGCCGCUUCCCCAGGCGCAAGCGGCGGCGGGAUCAUGUCAAACGGUCUCCCAGACCCAGAUUCGCAGCUGACACCCGUGGACGUGUUGAAUGGGCUUAACAAUCCUAAUCCAAGUGCGAAUGGAUUGAACGGGACGCCGACCAGGAAAGAUUCAUUGGGUGAGGAAGGUGUGGGACAGCAGCAAGGGGGGGAUGGGGGUGUUGUCAAGGCGAAUAAGGGGAUGAUUUUGAGGAAGAGUGUUGAGUAUAUUAGGUACCUACAACAACUCGUAACAGCACAAGGCGCACGCAACCGCGAGCUCGAACAAGAACUCAAAACCUACCGCCGACGAUCACGCAGCUCUUCAAGCAUGGAACCACCGCUUUCGGACUCGACUCCAACGGCUGGGGGGGACGGCAGCAAUAUGAUCCUUCACGACGAGCUACACCACUUCCAUCAUGGGCAUGGGCAUAUGGGAAGACUGCCGAGCAUGCCGGAGGAGGGAGGGGACGACGGGGAUGAUCUUAUGAUGGGGCUUGAGGAUGACAUGGGGCUGGGCGGGAUGGGUAUGGGGAAGGGGAGUUUGAGCCCUGAUUCGAUGGAGGGUGAACGGGAGGAGCAGGGUGGGGAGGGGUUGGUGGAGGAGAGGGGGAGGACAAGGGGUGUUAGGGGGUUGAAGGCUGAGGUGCAGAGUGAUGAUUCGUUGUUGGGGAUGUGAAGCUUGUUUUCUCUUUUUUUCUCGCAUCCCGAUGGAUAUGCUUUGCCUUUUUUUCUCCUCCUUAUUUCGUUGUGCGGUUCCCUCCUGGCUUUGGUGCUUUGAACCUUCCCCCACUCCCCCUUUUUUCGUGAUGGCGAUAUCUAUUACUUAUGCUUGCUGCUGCUCUAUACCCCGACACCGACCCGACAUGCUUGAAGAUCAACCCAAACCCAUACGAUAAUCCAUGGUGCCCCCUCUCCCCCGCCCACAUCAACUUGGAAC